AUGGCUGAGGAUGAAAAUAAUCGUAUUCAGAUGGAUUUUUUGGAAGUUUGCAGUUUCGGUGAUUUGGAACAAGCAAAGGAAAUGCUGAAGAAUGGGAAAAUCGAUAGAAGUUUCCAGCAUCGUGGCAACGGGUGGACAGCUCUUCAUUGGGCAGCCCGACGUAAUCAUGCGAAGAUUGUUGAACUUCUCCUUCAAACCGGUUUUGAUCCAAAGUUGCCUGCAAAGGAUGGGAAAACGCCUUUGGAUUUAGUAACUAACGAGGCUGUGAAGAAAAUUCUUAUGCAGUCUGUAAAUAUUGGAGCAAAUCAUGAGGAUGCUUCGGUCAAUAAUGAAAUAUGCUCUUAUGAAAAGCUUAAUUCCUGGGAUCACACUCGUUUUCUUCUUGUUCGAACAAGUAUUGUGGAUGGAAAGGAAUGUUUCAAACGCAUUGCCCUUCCUGGAUGUGACUCCGUUGAUGUUCUAAAGUUGACAAUUGAAAGAGCCAUGGAAAAAGGAGAAGUUUUAGAAGUUAUCACAUUGCCAGAUCAGGUGAAAAUAAAGACAGAGGAGCAAGUUAGGGAUUUGGCAAAUCAUCAGAAAGUAGAAGUUAUCUUCAGCUCGACUGUGAUGAAUAAGGAAACGAUCUGUGCACAAAAAUUACCAUCCGAUGAGAUCAAAAUUCUUCACUCAAGAUGUGAUUCUACAUUUGGGGAGAAAUUUGCCAAUGUAAUUAAUGAAUAUUCAAAUGAACUGACAUCUUGUGGGAGAUCCGUCGAUGAUAUCAUAUCACUUAGUGACACCAGCAACUGUAGUAAUAUUGAUGACUCUUUUAGCAGAAUGAAGAGCUCAGAUUCAAUCCCUAAAGAGCAACCGAAAAUGUCUGAAGUAGAAGUGACAUCCGAAUGCUUCUUAACUGCUCAAUCAUCAAGCUCUAUCACUGAUAUUGUAAUUCCAUGUAAAAUAUUAACGGAAGAGAUGAUUAAGCUGCAGAUGUUAAAAUCGGCGACAAAGAAAGAUUAUAAAUCAGCAGAAGCUGAAAACGAGAGAGAAACGGAGUCGUUGUUACCAGAGGUCGAUGUAAAUGGCAGAAUUGUUAGCAAUAUUACAGAGUCGAAUUGUUUUGCUGUUGUUCAGGAAGAAUGCAAUGAAGUUAUCAGCAAGGAAGUUUCGCACAAAAGAAAGUUUCAAAUACUGUUGCUUAUUGGUUGUAUCGUUGGUUUUGGUGGUUUAACAUAUAUGCUUUGCAAGAAAUGA